UAAAAUCAAAGACCUGUCUGUUAACAUAAACUAUUUAUUCAUUAUUAAUCUACUUUCGAAUUUUUACUUUCAAAUUUUUAAUUAUUUGUCAAAUCUAGAUCUAGUCUAGAUCUAGAUUCUAUAUUAGUGACCUUUCUGAAUAUUUUAAAAUGGAGUCUCGGAAGCUUUUGAAACAAGGUGCUGAAGCUAAACUUUACUUGCAUGAUUUUUAUGGAAGGCCCUGUAUAAUAAAGGAGAGAUUUCAGAAACAAUAUCGGCAUCACACUUUGGAUUCAAUGCUCACUAAUCAAAGAAUUAAGUCAGAAGUUCGAGCUAACUUAAGAUGUAGAAUGGCUGGCAUACUCACACCAACUAUUUUCAUGGUCAACUUUCAAGAUAACAGUAUUUACAUGGAAGAAAUUCAGGAUCCUAUCACAGCUAAGCAGUACAUUACUGACAUGUCCGCACAGGGUGACAGCUCAUCUUUAUUAAUGCUGGCAGAAGUCAUAGGUCAAACACUGAGCAAGAUGCAUGCCGGCAACAUCAUCCAUGGAGAUCUGACCACGUCAAAUAUGCUUUUGCAGGGAAACCCCAGCAACUUGAGACUGUUUCUCAUAGACUUUGGGCUGAGCUCAUUUGAAGCUUCAGCUGAAGAUAAAGGUGUUGAUCUUUAUGUGCUAGAAAGAGCUUUUUUAAGUUCACACCCAAAUAGUCAAGAACUGUUCAAUACUAUUUUGAACUCGUACCAAGCCGCAACUAAAAAUAUUAAAUCAUGUAAAGAGAUCAUAGCUAAGUUAGAGGAAGUCCGCAUGAGAGGUAGAAAAAGAACAAUGAUUGGAUAGAGAAAUAAAAAUGUAUAAAUGUU